AUGCCAAGAAAAACUGAUGUGGCUAAACUAGAGGAAGUUGGGAUAGACAUUGAUGCAGGGAGUGACAGCGAUGACAACGUGACUCAGAAGAAAGCAAACAGGAGGCAGGGAGCUGGAAGAGGAGGUGCAAGGGGGAGAGGCAGAGGCAAAAAAACAGCCAGCGAGGAUGAAGAUGAGGAUGAGGAGGAGGAAGACGAAGCUCCCAGGGGACGCAGGGGAGCAAACAGGAAGAAGCCAGUCAAGAAACGCGGUGGCGGCAAUGAUGAUGAGGAUGAGAGCGAGGAUGACGCUCCCAAGAGGAAGCGAGGAGGAGCUGCCAAUAGGAAGAAAGGAGGAAAAGCACAGGACAGUGAUGAGGAAGACAGUGAUGCUGGCAAAGGAAAGAAGGGAAGGAAGGGAGGUGCAAAGAAAGGAGGGAAGGAGGAAGAGAACAGUAAGGGAAAGAAGGGUGAUGCCAAAGGGAAGGACAAGGGGAAAGACAAGGAUGAUGACAAGGACAAGAAGAAGAAAAAAAAGAAGGAUGGCAGUUCAUCUGAUUCCAACUCCAACUCUGAUGAGGAGGAGGAUUCCAUGUCGGAGGGAGAGAUGGCUCGGCUGAUGGAGGAGGUGGAGGAGAAGAAGAAGCUGAUCGCCAACAUCAGGAACAAGCCGUGGAGGAUGAAGCGGAGGCUCGUACACCUAAAGGAGGCUCAGGCAUUUGUGGACAAGUUUGAAGGAGCUCUGGGCAAAGGAAAGGGCAGGAAAUGGUAUGCCUACAAAGUGAUGAUGACAAAGAAAUGGAUCAAGUUUCAGAGGGAUUUUGAGAAUUUCAGAACAGCCUGUAUCCCAUGGGAAAGGAAAAUCAAAGAGGUGGAAAGCCACUUUGGAUCGUCUGUGGCGUCGUACUUCAUCUUCCUGCGCUGGAUGUACGGCAUGAACCUCGUCCUGUUUGGGUUCACUUUUGGCCUUGUGGUCAUACCUGAGGUCCUGAUGGGUCUUCCAUAUGGAUCUAUUCCCAGGAAGACUGUACCCAGAGCAGAACAGGCCACUGCCCAAGAUUACUCUGUCCUCAUGGACUUCAAUGGUUACUGCAAAUAUUCAGUGCUGUUCUAUGGAUAUUACAACGACCAGAGGACCAUUGGCUUGCUAAAGUUCAGGCUCCCUCUUUCUUACCUCAUGGUCGGGAUCGGCACCUUUGGCUACAGCCUGAUGCUCGUGAUCCGCACAAUGGCCAAGAAUGCUGAUGUUGGUGGUGGAGAUGGAGAUGAAGGAGAGUUCACCUUCGCCUGGAAGAUGUUCACCAGCUGGGAUUACCUCAUUGGCAAUGCAGAAACAGCUGACAACAAGUACGCCUCCAUCACCACCAGCUUCAAGGAGUCCAUCGUGGAUGAGCAGGAGAACCAGAAGGAUGAGAACAUACAUCUGCGCAGGUUCCUCAGAGUCCUGGCUAACUUCCUGAUCACCUGCAGCCUCGGUGGCAGUGGGUACCUUAUCUACUUUGUGGUGAAGAGGUCUCAGGAGUUCGCCAACAGGGACGACCUCAGCUGGUACGAGAAGAAUGAGCUGGAGAUCAUCAUGUCCCUGCUGGGCCUGGUGUGUCCUCCUCUGUUUGAGACCAUCGCUGAGCUGGAGGACUACCACCCCAGAAUCGCCCUCAAGUGGCAGCUGGGACGCAUCUUUGCCCUUUUCCUGGGAAACCUCUACACCUUUCUGUUCGCCCUGUUUGAUGAGGUCAACACCAAGUUGGAAGAAGAGCAGUCCAUCAAGAACGCCUCCAUCUGGGCCAUGAAGGAGUACUAUGCCAACUACUCACGUAUGGUCAACGACACCGAGGCCAUCCCACCCCCCAUGAACCCCGCUGAUGUCAUCAGAGGACCCUGCUGGGAGACUGCCGUCGGCAUAGAGUUUGUGAAGCUGACAGUGUCCGACAUCCAGGUGUCCUACCUGACCAUCCUGAUUGGGGACUUUGCCAGGGCCGUCAUCGUCCGCUUCCUCAACUACUGCUGGUGCUGGGACCUGGAGGCUGGAUUUCCAUCGUACGGAGAGUUUGACAUCAGUGGAAACGUUCUUGGAUUGGUCUUCAAUCAAGGAAUGAUCUGGAUGGGUGCAUUUUAUGCUCCUGGUCUGGUCGGCAUCAACGUGCUCCGCCUCCUCAGCUCCAUGUACUAUCAGUGUUGGGCCGUGAUGGCUACAAACGUCCCCCAUGAGAGAGUCUUCAAGGCCUCCAAGUCCAACAACUUCUACAUGGGCCUGCUGCUCCUCGUCCUCUUCCUCAGUCUGUUACCUGUCGUCUACACCAUCAUGACACUACCGCCUUCAUUUGACUGUGGACCUUUCAGCGGGAAGCAAAAGAUGUUUGAUGUGGUCAUGGAGACGAUCGACCUGGACCUGCCGGCCUUCAUGGGGACACUCUUCAGCUAUGCAGCCAACCCGGGCCUCAUCAUACCAGCUGUACUGCUCAUGGUACUGGCCAUCUACUAUCUGAACUCAGUAUCUGAGGCCUACCAAAACUCCAAUAUGGAGCUAAAGAAGAAGAUGCAGAUGGCUCGGGAUGAAGAGAAAAACCGGAGGAACAACACAGACAGCACCAACCAGGUCAUGAAGGACCUGGAGGACCUGCUGCCCAACCGAUCCCUCAUGCCCCCUGCUCCACCCGAACCUGAGAAACCCCCAGAGCCAGAAGCAAAGCCAACUAAAGCAAAGGCCGGGUCAGCCGGUAAAGGUGUCAACCUGCAGAAGGACGUCUCCCUUGCCUCGCCCAACCCUAACGCACGUGGGCCAGUAAACCGACCACCCGGGCCGAGAGGACCUGGUCCAGGUCCCGGUCCUGGACCAGGUCGUGGCCGCGGGAGAGGGCCCCCUCCAAGAUAACAGCCUGAGAACGUAACAUUCCUGUAGGCUGUGUUCAUUCCUCACAGUCUCUGUUCAUUCCACAGCGAGAGACACAAAUGGGAAAAACACACUUAGCAAAGACAGUGGUCCUUUGUUAGGUCUUCUAAUUUACCUGUUAACAUCAGCAACAUCCUGAAUGUUUACUGCUAGGAAUUUUUGCAAAUUAUAACCCCGUAAACUAUCAUCUAGAUCACAGUUGUGCAACACAGUGCUGAAAAAACAUUAGUUUGUCUUGAGAAAGAUGUGAGUCACAGAGAAAAACCAUGUUACUCUGUUGUUCUGAGGUUAUAAUGGGGUCCUUUGGGGAAAAAUAAUGAUCAGGGUUAAACGUCUAUUGCUUGACUAAGUAACAUGACUUAUAUUUGGCUACUGUCCAAAGCAGUUUAUUGAAUUUUGUAGAGAUUUCCUUGUCUGCUGAUUAGCUGGAUUUACAUCAUAGUUUGUCAAAAAUGAACUCUAGGUCUGCUUAAUGGCUUCCUCCAGGGGUUUUAACUCCACCUCACAGUCUUCAUCAGGCAAUGCUAUUUUCUGCAUUAAGAUCCGAAUCCCCUCUUCAUCCUGUCUAUAUGUUGGAGACGAUGACUGCGUGAUGGCUUCACCUCACGAAUGAAUGCGCAGGGUAGUGGUCCCCAUCGAUUUUAGACAUGACUGUUUGUUCCAAGCUCUGUGAUACAAUCAUAAUAUCACUUCUGAAUUUUUCCUAUCGGAAAUGUUGAACUCAUCGUUUAUUUUGCUCAGCAGCCAUAGAAAAUUCUUGCCACCGAUUAGCUGGGGGAAUCAUUAUCAGGACACGGCAAUCAUCGUUCAGGUCAACCGUUCUCAGGUGCAAAGACUUCUUUCACUUCACUAACCAUCUUUAUGAGCUUUACAUAAAUUAACAUAAAACAUAAAUAGAAGAAGCCAUAGUAGUUAUCUUCUCUUUUUUGUCAGUCUAUUAAUGUCAGACGUGUUUCUAUGCUGUUAUAUUGCAGAUAUCAGUGUCACCUCCGCCUACCACUGACUUCAUUCAUAUACUUCAGUGUGUGGUCAUGUCUGAUG